GAGACGCGCGCGCGGAAACACAGACACGGCGACAAGGACAAAGACAGAUCCAAGAAGCGCCACAAGCACGACGAUGCUCAUCGCGACCGCAAGAAGAAGCGCAAGGACGAGCACCAGGGCCUGCGCGUCGUCGACGACGAUCCCGACGACGAUUCCAUGUGGGUGGAGAAGAACAUCGACAUGGACGGCGAGCGGCCUCUAGCGACUGAUAUACCCACCGCCGAGAGCCUCGCCCUCACCUCCAACGCUACCACUGUCCCCCCUGACGCCAAACUCCCCCCUCCCGUGGUCCAGGAGACGCCGCUGAAGCGCGACGAAUGGAUGCUGGCCCCACCGGUAACACCUACCGUUCCCGGCGCAACCACCCGCACGCACGCGGAGCCCGGUUUCGAGUCCUUCACCGAAGACUUCGGCGAAGCAGAGGGCAGCAAGCGCACCCUCGGCGGAUCCGUCGACUUUUUCUCCAGCAUGGGGACCGAGCACCGACCGAAGAAGCCGGCCGAGGACAAGCCAGACCCCGACAAGCCCAAAAUAAGCUCGCGCGAGCUGAAUACGCAACUCGUCGAAGGCAAGCCUCUUGACCAGUACACCGCCCCCACGCCCUCCAAAUCCACACCCGGCGGGCCCGGCUCGCAAUGGCGCAUGAUGCGUCUCCGGCGCGUAUACGAGACCGCCGAGGAGGAGGGCAAGUCCGUCGAGGAGGUUGCGCUCGAGCGGUUUGGGAAUCUGGACGCGUUCGAGGAGGCGAAGGAGGAGCGGCGGAUCCUCGACGAGCGCGAGGAACGGCGCGGGCGCAGGGGUGCGGGCGGCAGAGGCGGCGAGUCGCGCUCGAACACGCAGACGCCGGUGGGAGGGGCGAAGGAGCGAUUCAUGUUCACGCAUCCCGGCGUGGACGGGUUCGGGAGCGGCGGGUCCUCGCGCUCGGGGUCGUUCCGCCGCCCGGGCGGGUCCGGUGAUCCGUCGACGGGACCAAGCGCGCCAGGGACGCCUACACCAGGACCUGCGCCCGGCAACAUGCCGCGCAUGGGCUCGCAUACGGGCACACAGUUAGCGCAGACGCACACACCGGUUCCGUCCGUGCUCACGCCUAAGGCGCUGCUCGUGCAGCACCAGCAGAAGACGCAGCGGCGUGCGCUCAGCCCAACCAGCCUGAACAAGUUGCAGGCGAAGGUGUUGAGGGCGAAGCUCAUGAAUGCGCCGGAUGCGAAGAAGCUCGAGGAAGAGUACGAGGCGGAGAUGCGGCGGGCGAAUGGAGACGACGGGGAUGAUGGGGACGACGGCGGGCAGGAUGUGAGGACGGAAGUCCAGGUGUUGCCAAGCUUGGAUGGAAGAGGGCGGUUGUACGAUACGGGCGCACCAGGGUCAUCUUCCAAGGAUGAUAGGCCGCCACCACCCGGUAAUCGGCGAAAGAAAGAGAAGGUUGAGACACGCGAUCCAAAAACUGGAGAGAUUGUACGGUAUAACGCCGACGACGAUACGCUUACGCUCGGUGAUAUGCUUCGGCAAGAGAAGUUUGGCGCGGGCGCGUCUGAUCAGAAAGACAUGGACGUCGAGUUCGCGAAACAGAUCAUGACCGACGGCGGCUUCACAAACGACCUCGACUAUAUCGACGACAAUGCGGAAAAGCUUGGCAGGAAAAAGAUGCGGAGCGACGCUAUGAAGCGUCAAUUCGCCAUCAAUGAUUACAAGCGAACACAGAAAGUACUCGCGACGUGUCCAUUCUGCUUUGGAGAAGACGAUUCGCCGCCACAGGCACCCGUAGUGGCGCUCGGCACUCGGGUAUAUCUCUCACGAACGUUAAACGAGGAGCUCGUAGACGGGCAUUGCCUUAUCGUACCGAUUCAGCAUCAUUUGACUAUGUUGGAGGGCGACGACGAUGUGUGGGAUGAAGUCAAGAAUUUCAUGAAGUGUUUGAUGCGAAUGUUUGCUGAGCAAGAUAAGGGUGUUGUCUUCUACGAGACAGUGCUCAGCUUGAAGCAGCAGAAACAUACAUUCAUCGAAUGCGUGCCUUUGCCUUGGGAGCAGUUCGAAGAAAUCCCAGGUUAUUUCAGGGAAUCGAUUCUCUCAUCAGAGCUCGAGUGGUCGCAGCACAAGAAGCUGAUCGACUUCUCCGCGCGACCGGGUGGCUUCAGGCGUGCGAUGGUGCCCAACCUGCCGUAUUUCAUGGUUCAAUUCGACUACAAGGGCGAGAAGGGAUACGGGCAUGUGAUCGAAGGCGUUAGUGAAGGCGACAAGGCGCCGGAGGAGGAGGGUGGGUUGGACGAAGGCGAGAAAGGCGGUGGCGAGUUCCCGAGGUAUUUUGCCGGGGAGAUCAUUGGCAACGUACUGGACAUCGAGCCGAGAAAGUGGCGCAGACCGCGGAGGAUCGAAUUUCGCCGGAACAAGGAGCGGGUGGUGAACUUCAGAACGAUGUAUCAGAAGUUUGACUGGACGGGGAUGAUUGAGGGUCGGCCGUGAUGGGGAUGCAACACUACUGUGUUUCACUGUAACUGUACGACUGUACGAAUAGCCAUCCAAGACGCAUUGGAUAGGGGUG